CUUAUUUUUUAUUUAAGUGGGAUAAGAAGAUGAUUAAUUAAAUAUUAUAGAGAGAAAUUGUUCUUUUCACUACAACCUCCUGUUGACGUUGGUUGCCACAGUGAUUGAGACUUGAAAGCGCCCAUCUUUUCAUGUCUAUUGACACUGAUAGUUGAUAUAUCACUUGGCUUUGUUCAUGUCCUCUUUUGACCCCCUCCUCUCACCUCUUCCUCUAUUUCUCAUCCACCCUUUUCUUUAUCAUUGUCAAGCACUGUGUUGACUGUCGAACAAGUAUAGCUAAAGUUUCAGCUUCAGAAACAGUAAGAGUGAUAUAUAAAGAGAGAGAGAGAGAGAGAGAGAGAGAUAAUUAAUGGGUUCUCUAGGAGAUGAAACUACAAGGAACAAGGCAAUGUGGCUCUAUCCUAAAGUGCUCGGAUUUAAUCCACCUGAGAGAUGGGGGCACUCUGCUUGCUAUUCUCAUGGAGUUGUUUAUGUCUUUGGGGGGUGUUGUGGUGGCUUGCAUUUCAGUGAUGUUCUCAUGUUAAAUCUUGAUACAAUGUCUUGGAACAUUCUGGCAACUACUGGCCAAGGACCUGGCCCGAGAGACAGCCACAGUGCUGUUCUCGUCGGGCGCCAGAUGUUUGUAUUUGGAGGCACAAAUGGCUCUAAGAAAGUAAAUUAUCUUCACGUAUUAGACCUUGUUACCAAAGAGUGGAUAAGCCCUGAAUGUAAAGGCACUCCCCCGUGCCCUCGCGAGAGUCACACUGCUACACUUAUCGGUGAUGAUAGAAUAAUGAUAUUUGGGGGCAGUGGAGAAGGAGAAGCAAAUUAUUUAAAUGAUUUGCACAUUUUAGACCUCAAGAUCAUGAGAUGGAGUUCUCCUGAGGUGAAGGGAGACAUUCCUGUUCCUAGGGACAGUCACGGAGCUGUCACAAUAGGUAAUGAACUUUUCGUGUAUGGUGGUGACUGCGGUGACAGAUACCUUGGUGAUGUCGAUGUGCUUAAUACUGACACACUGACUUGGACGAAGCUUCUUGUUCAAGGAUGUUCUCCAGGUGUCAGAGCAGGUCAUGCUGCUGUGAGCAUUGGGAAUAAGUUUUAUGUCAUUGGCGGGGUUGGAGAUAAACAUUACUACAAUGAUGUUUGGGUCCUUGAUGUGGUUACUUGUUCGUGGACUCAGCUUGAUGUACAUGGCCUGCAACCUCAAGGGCGGUUUUCUCACACUGCUGUAGUUACAGACUCUGAUAUUGCCAUCUAUGGAGGUUCGUUUUGUGUCUGUAUUGACAGGUGCGGAGAGGAUGAACAUCCUCUCAAUGAGUUGCUGGUCUUGCAGCUUGCAGCAGAGGAUCACGAUGGCCGUUACAACACAUCCAUGUGCAAGAUUUUUGGAAAACACUGGAACCAAGAAAAGGGGAGAUCCCCUCGGGGAGCAGAAAAUAACUCGAGAGCUAUCUAUUUGGGAAAUGAUAAAAUAAUCAGAAAGGGAGCUCACGAACCAGAAUUAGAAACAAAGCAAGCUUUUUGGUUCAGUUCAGAUACUCAAUAUCCAAAGAGGAAAAGAACCGUGAACUCAAAGUCAUGGGAAGUUGAACCAGAACAGGAGGAGCAUUCUCUUUCACUCUCUCAACAUUCAUCUCCAUCACAAUCUGACCAAGAACAGACCCCAGUUGGAAAACCUGCAGAUUUCAGAGCAGCGGCACAAGGAUUUAAUUUGUUUAAGUCGUUAAAUCAAAUUCCAAGAAAUUGCCAACCUAAUGUAAAUGAUGUUGCAAGUUACCAGAAAGAACCUGGGAAUACAGCCCAAAGAAUUCCAUAUAAUCUCCAAAUUUUAAGAGAGCAAAAAAAACCAGAACAAUGUGCUCGUGUUGUUCAUACAGGCAGACAAGGAAUGCCUUACCUUUCAACGUUGGAAGAAAAACCUAAAGAUGGAGGGUCUGCUCAAAACCUGAUUGGUGCUGAGGUUCACGGUAGAGUUGAUGGAGCAUUCGACUCAGGUCUUCUGAUGACUGCAACUGUUAAUGGGAAGAUCUUUAGAGGAGUCUUGUUUUCACCUGGACCUGAAGUUGUAUCAAGAGGGGCUAUUCUACCGCAAAAUCAUGCAUCUCCAGCAAACCACAUUGUCAAUGUUCAACAAUUUUCUAACUCAGUUCGGAUGGAAUCCUCAAAGCCUUCACAGCAGCCAACGAUAUUCCCCUCACAAGAAUCCGGUCAGAGUUUCCGGCAGACUCAAAUGACUAGAACAUAUCCAGUAAUAAGAGCUGCUCCAUCAUUAGCCAAAGAACCAAAGCUGAUGAGAAGUGAUCUUCAAGGAGUUGUCCUAACACUGGGAGGACCUGCAACUGCAAGUGGCCAUGUUGGACAAAUCUAAAGUCGUAAUCUUCUUCUCCCAUGUACAACCAAAGAAAUUUUAAUUUUUUUUUUUUUUUUUUGGGUUCUGAAGAGCUUUAGGCUUGAAGACUUGGGUCAAUUCAUCUGAUAUGAAGUCUUUUGUCUAGUGCUAAUUGAGUUAAUCAAUGUAAUAUUAAGAGCAGAGCUUUAGUGACGAUCUUUAACCUUUUUGUUAUAUAUUGAGGUCUCAACUUUCUGAUUGAGCGGAGUAAAAUCAAAAUGUAAAUGUCGUCCUUAUCCUUAA